ACAAUUGAAUAAAUUGGAUAGAAUCUCUAUAAAGACUCUUUCCUGUGCUUUCAAUCCAAAAUCUUCUUUUUUCCUCUCAUCAACCCAACCAUCCCCACUGCCCUUUUCCUCUUUUUGCCGAUUUGUAAUCCAAAAUUUUCGCUUUCUUUCCUCACAUGAAAGAAUGGAGCUUGGAUUAAGCUUAGGAGAUACUAACACUAAUACUACUACUGCAACAGCAGCAGCAGCUUCUUCAAAAUCAUUUUUCUUGUCAAAGAACAUUAAAACUUCAUCUUCUGAUCAGAACCAUAGUAAGAAGAAGAGAAAGGGUUUAGGGUUUUGCAUGGCUUUGGGAAUUAACUCAUCAAAUGGAAAAGUCCAAGAACAACAUGAUGAUGAUGAUGAUGAAGAAAAUCCAGAAAAAUCUCAUGAUGAUGAAGAUGAUGAAGGCGAUGAGCAUACAUCUGAAGAAGGGAAUAUUAAUGGGAAUACACCAGUUCAGCUUGAUCUUCUCCCUCUUGCUCCUGUUCCUCGCCGUAGUUUUCCUCAGUCCCUCCAUUGGUCUUCUGAUAAUGGAAGUUCUGAGAAUGGUUCGUCCGGUAACGGGGGGCUGCCGGCGGCGAGGGGGUUCGAUGUGAACAGGGUUCCGGCGGCGGGUACGGAAGAAGUUUCAUCUCCAAACAGUAUAGCGUCGUCGUUUCGGAUGGAUUUUGGUCUUUUUAGGUCUGCUAAUAUUAUUGGGAAUAAACGGAACUCGGACUCCGGCGGAGGAAACGACGGCGGUGAACCGGAAAGAGCAUCUUCAAGAGCAAGUGAUGAAGAUGAAAAUGGUGUUAAUACUCGCAAAAAACUUAGGUUGUCAAAAGAACAAUCAGCUUAUCUUGAAGAAAGUUUCAAAGAACACCACACUCUUAAUCCUAAGCAAAAGCUGGCACUUGCCAAACAGCUAAAUCUAAGGCCAAGACAAGUUGAAGUCUGGUUUCAGAAUAGAAGAGCAAGGACUAAGUUGAAGCAAACUGAAGUGGAUUGUGAGUAUUUGAAGAGAUGUUGUGAGACAUUAACUGAAGAAAACAGAAGGCUACACAAAGAACUUCAAGAAUUGAGAGCUUUGAAAAGUUCUAAUCCAUUUUACAUGCAACUUCCGGCCACCACUUUAACUAUGUGUCCGUCUUGUGAAAGGGUGGCUACCACCACCUCCGCCACCGCUGCUCCUCCCACCACCGCCGCCGGUACCACCACUCCCAAAGCCCCAACCCCUAUCCCCACUACUACUAUCACCACCACCACCACUACUAGUGACUCUAUUCCUAAAGCUAUUCCAUUCCUUAAUUCUAGACCAAGAUUUUUCCCAUUUAAUACCACCACUAAUAGUCCCAACCAUCCACAUCAAUCUGCAGCCUCGUAAAAAAAAUGUUAAUUUUCUUUUGCUGUAAAUAUACUAAUCAUUGGCUUGCUUUUUCUGCCUCAAAGAUCUUGGUAGGAUGAGAUCAUGAAGAGGGAUUUUCUGUGUCCUUUGGGAUUCUUGAUGGUUUUUAUCUCAACAUAUUGAAGACUAUUUUUGGUUCAUUUAUAUGUGAAAGGAAAAAGAAAAGAUUAAAAGGAAAUGGUAUAAGAGAAGGUUUGUAGUUGUUGUACUAGGUUUAGGGAAGAGGGUCCCCUUGUUUUGAUCAUCUUGAAAAAAAUAGAGCAGUUCUCUGUUUUUGUCUGCAUUAUA